UCCCUUUGGGCAUCUCUGUCAGGAACCUGAUUCAGCAGCUUUGCCAGGGUCAAAUCCCACCCUGUACCAGGGAGCACCGGGCGGGUGCAGGAGGAAAGCGCUGGAUGCUGGAGAACAUCAGGAUGGAUGGAUGGAUGGAUGGAUGGGGGACCCGCCUGGGCCUCCAAGGAGAAGUGCUUCACCAAGAUGUACACUACGAGCGGGGAGUGCUGCAAAGCCUGCAACCUGGGAGAAGGGGUGGUGCAGCCCUGCGGGGUCAACCAGACCGUCUGUGAGCCCUGCCUGGACAGCGUCACCUACUCGGACACGGUGAGCGCCACGGAGCCGUGCAAGCCCUGCACGCAGUGCGUGGGGCUGCAGAGCAUGUCCGCACCCUGCGUGGAGUCGGACGAUGCUGUGUGCCGCUGCGCCUAUGGAUACUACCAGGAUGAGCCGAGCGGGAGCUGCAAGGAAUGCCGGGUGUGCGAGGUGGGCUUCGGCCUCAUGUUCGCCUGCAAAGACUCACAGGACACGGUGUGUGAGGAGUGUCCUGAGGGCACCUUCUCCAGUGAAGCCAACUUCGUGGACCCCUGCCUGCCCUGCACGACCUGCGAGGAGAAUGAGGUGCUGGUGAAGGAGUGCACGGCCGUCUCGGAUGCUGAAUGCAGAGACCUCCACCCUCGCUGGACAACACACACCCCAUCCCUGGCGGGUUCCGACAGCCCCGAGCCCAUCACCAGGGACCCCUUCAACACCGAGGUGGUGCCCAGCACCCUGGCAGACACCGUCACCACCAUCAUGGGCAGCUCACAGCCCGUCGUGAGCCGCGGCACAGCCGACAACCUCAUCCCUGUCUACUGCUCCAUCCUGGCAGCCGUGGUGGUGGGGCUGGUGGCUUACAUCGCUUUCAAAAGGUGGAACAACUGCAAACAGAACAAGCAAGGGGCCAACAACCGCCCCGUGAACCAGACGCCUUCGCCGGAGGGGGAGAAGCUGCACAGUGACAGCGGCAUCUCGGUGGACAGCCAGAGCCUGCACGACCAGCAGCCGCCCAGCCAGAGCACCCAGGGGCCAGCGCCCAAGGGAGAUGGGAACCUCUACACCAACCUGCCACCCAGCAAGCAGGAGGAGGUGGAGAAGCUGCUGCGCAGCUCCGCAGAGGAGACGUGGCGGCAGCUGGCCGGGGAGCUGGGCUACAAAGAGGACCUCAUAGACUCCUUCACGCGGGAGGAAUGCCCUGCCCGGGCUCUCCUGGCCGACUGGUCCUCCAAGGAGACGGCCACGCUGGACGCGCUGCUCGCUGCCCUGCGCAAGAUCCAGCGCGGGGACAUCGCCGAGAGCCUCUACAGCGACUCCACCGCCACCUCUCCCGUCUGAAGGGUGGCCCGGGGCGGCCCCGCGGGGUCCCCUUCCCCCUUCCCUCCCUCGCCUCUCCCCUCCCCGGCACCCAGAGCCCCGGAGGGGAGGGUGGGAAGGAAGCGGGGGCUCCCCGGGCCCCCUCAGUUGACAGUCCUCUAUGCACUGAGCUCCUGUUUUCGGUAUCGCCCCCUCCCGACGCCGUCUGCCCCCGGCAGCCCGUAAGCGGGUUGGAUGUGGGGCUCAGUCCUGCUCAACACCCAAAGCCCGUCUGUCCCCAGAGCAUCCUCUGCAGCCCGGUGAGGCUGGACAGACGGACGCAGGAACCUCUCCUCUUCCCCCUUCCAGACCCUUCUCCUUCCUCCUUGAGGCUUCAGUUCUUCUCUUCCUCCAGCCCUUUCUCCUUGUCCCACCCCACCGCUAUGUCCUGCUCCUCCCCAACACCCAAAAUCCAGCUGCUUUCCCAAACUGCAGGCAAAAAAGCAGGGCUGGGAUGAGCACGAAGAGAACUGGAGCUGCUGUACCAGGAUUUAGGAAGGGGUUUGGUUCUCUGGCACCAUGGUGGGCGAGCUGGGAGACAGGACUUGGCUUCCAGCAGCCCAACCUACACUGUGAAAUGUGGGGGGCACGGCCCCCACUCACGCUCCACGGGGCUGCCAGUGUUUGAGGAGCAGCCGGGACCAUCUGAACAUUGAGGACCAGCCAUGUGGGUGCCACCACCAGCUCCUCAGACCUGGAGCUCCAUGGGGAGGACAUUGAAGGGCUGAAAAAGUGCCUGCCCACAGCGAGGACGUGACAAAAGGGCUCUGCUCAUCCUCCCCACCCCGGCACCAGCCUUGGCAUCCCCACGUUGCACCAAGCCAGGAGCAAAGCCACCCUGCUGCCAUUGCACUGUCCCUUCUCGCCCAGAGACCCAGCUGGGGCUGGUGGUCCCACCCCCUGCUUGAAAGGGCUCCUUCUCCUCCAGCACUGUGAAGGGUGGCUCAGAAGCACCCCUGCCUGCUCUCCUGGGUGCCCUUUGCCUCUGCCUGGGUGCUGCCCAUCCUCGGUGCACCCACUGCCUCCCCAGGGCACCCAUGGGUGCUGCCACUGUGGUCCUGGGGCAUGUCCCCAGUACAACUUCUCACUUGCCUGGAGCAUCACAAGCUUUUUGCAGAGGAAGGAUGAGCUGGUGCAUGGCACCGGUGCCAGGUCCAUCCGCACCUAUGGACUCCCCCUUCACCUCCGGGUUCAGGCAGAAGCUCUUUCCCGAAGGCAGGAGGUGACUUUCCUCUCCCCUCCCUAAGGAGAUAAGCAAGAUGUCUAAAUAAUAUCAUGUCCUUUUACUAA